UCUUACCUUACGAGUUUGCUGCAAAAAUAUUCAUCUGUUGAAGAUUGUUUUUAAAAGUACUAUUAAGGCAGACUUUUGUUAAAAAGGCUUUGUUUAUUUGAACAUAAAUCUCUGAUGACUAUUGAUAAGUAAGAAUCAGAGAAAUAUUUUAAUAAAAUGGAGACUGUAGUGUUGAAACACAAGAGAACUACAAUGGAGAGAGCAGAGAAAUUUAUUUCUAAAGAUUAUUUUACAGAUGUGAACUUGGCAGGAAGACUUUACACAAAGAAAGCAGCACUGAAAAAGCUCACUCAUUACAAAGCACCAGAUAGAAUUGGAUAUGAUGAAGCUAUGAAAGGAAAAUUUAGUGAGACGACAGUUGGAUCUUCAUUUGGACCAACAUGGAGUACCCACUGGUUUUGUCUAGAAAUUGAGGUUCCAUUAGAAUGGACUGGACAGGAAGUUCAUUUGCUCUGGAAUUCUGAUUCAGAAGCUUUGAUUUGGCAAGAUGGAUGCCCAUUACAGGGAUUAAGCGUAGCAUUUAAGAGAACCUCUUUUCCAUUGAAUCAAGCAAAGGUUGAUGGGAAAAAUAGGUAUAAACUGUAUGUAGAAAUGGCCUGCAAUACAUUAUUUGGAGCAGGGAAUGGUCUGAUUAAUCCACCAGUGCCAGAUAAGACAUUCACUUUGUCACAGGCAGAAAUCUCCGUGUUUGAUCGAGAUGUCUUCGAACUGAUACUAGAUAUUGAAACACUCCAUGACAUGGCAAAGCAUCUACCUGAAGAUUCAGAAAGGGGCUAUAUGGCGCUGUAUACUGUCAAUGAUAUGAUCAAUACAAUAAACUUGGAUGACAAGGAUAGCUAUUCCAGAGCUCAUGCAAUGGCUGAGAAGUUUUUGCAACAAGGCAAUGGGGAAGGUCAUCAUACAGUUCAUGCUAUGGGACAUGCUCAUAUAGACUCAGCUUGGUUAUGGCCCUAUGCAGAAACUAUCAGGAAAUGUGCUAGAAGUUGGUCCUGUACUGUACAGCUGAUGGAAAAAUAUCCAAAUUUUACAUUUACUUGUUCUCAGGCUCAGCAAUAUUCUUGGGUGAAAGAACACUACCCAAAAUUAUACCAGAAGAUUAAACAGUUAGUCAAGUCUGGGCAGUUUAUUCCAGUUGGUGGAACAUGGGUUGAGAUGGACGGAAACCUGCCAAGUGGUGAAGCAUUUAUAAGACAAUUUUUAUAUGGACAAAAGUUUUUCAAAGAAGAAUUUAAUGUGCAAUGUAAAGAGUUUUGGUUGCCGGAUACAUUUGGUUAUUCAGCACAGCUUCCCCAGAUCAUGAAAACCUGUGGUAUUAACAGAUUUUUGACACAGAAACUCAGCUGGAGUUUGUUCAACAAAUUUCCUCAUCAUACAUUCAUGUGGGAAGGAAUUGAUGGUUCAAGAGUUCUGACUCAUUUCCCCCCUGGAGAUUCUUAUGAGAUGAAAGGACAUGUAGAAGAGGUGGUAAGAACAAUAAAGAAUUAUAAAGAUAAAGGCAGGUCUAGUAAAAGUGUUUUCCUGUUUGGAUAUGGGGAUGGAGGAAAUGGUCCAUCAGAGGAAAUGUUACAGAGAUUGAAAAGACUGGAGGACGUCAAUGGAUUACCAAGAGUAGAAAUGAGUACACCAGAUAAGUACUUUACCUCUGUAGAACAGGAGGAUAUCUCAAAAUUAUGUCGAUGGAGAGGAGAGUUGUACUUAGAACUUCACAAUGGUACAUAUACUACUCAUGCUAAGCUGAAAAGAUACAACAGAAAAUGUGAAUUUAUGCUCCAUAACCUGGAAUAUUUAGCAACAAUAUCAGCACUGACAAAUCAGGGAUACAGUUAUCCCAGAGAUGAACUGGAUCAUAUGUGGAAACAAAUACUUCUGAAUCAGUUUCAUGAUGUCUUACCUGGCUCUUCUAUUGAACUGGUUUUCCACGAUGCUGUGCAAUUAUACAAAGAUGUUGAGAAAAAGUAUAAAAAAUUACUGGCUGAAGUUCCCUUCACUAAAGAGAAAAAGUCUGAUAGCUCCAGCACCAUCAUAAAUAACACUCUUGGAUGGGAGAGGAAAGGAGUAAUUGCCCUUGAUAAUCAAGGUCAAAGUGCAUCUAAGAAACGUCGUGUCUCCACUGACAGUGAUCUUACACAGAUUGACAGUUUUGGUCAAACUUUAGCUUUUAUGGAAGUAGCAGGUUUUGGAUACACAGUGUUUAAACCAAUAGCUUGUCAACAUCAUGCACAUGCAUUUAAAAAGGGACAACUUCAUUGGUUGAAGAACAAGAUAGUAAGUGCAGCAUUUGAUUACGAAGGUAGAAUGACACAGCUUCAUCUCCAUGGAGAUGAUAGAAACGCCAUAUCCAAAGAUUACCAUGGUAACCAGUUUGUUAUAUUUGAUGAUAUACCAUUGUUUUGGGAUGCAUGGGAUGUGAUGGAUUACCAUCUCGAGACAAGAAAACCUGUCAGUGAAAAACUGCAACAUGUAAAGAUUCUAGAUGAAGGACCACUGAGAGCUUCAUUGGAAUUUUCACUGAAGAUAAGUAAUAAAAGUUAUAUAAAACAAGUUAUCACUUUGGAUGCAGAGUCUCCUUACAUCAGAUUUGACACAGAGGUCACAUGGCAUGAAAAUAGAAAAUUCCUUAAGGUAGAAUUCCCAACAUCAAUUCACUCUAUGCAAGCUUCAUAUGAUAUACAGUAUGGUCACUUACAGAGAACUAAUCAUAACAAUACAUCAUGGGAUUCUGCUCAGUUUGAGGUCUGUGGACACAAAUGGGCUGAUAUAUCAGAACAUGGUUAUGGACUGGCAGUGAUGAAUGAUUGUAAAUAUGGCUACUCUUGUUUUGACAAUGUUCUUAGACUUUCUCUGUUGAGAUCACCGAAAGCUCCAGAUGAAAAGGCUGAUAUGGGAGUCCAUCAGUUCACAUAUGCUGUAAUGCCACACAAAGGAAGUUUUCAGGAAGCUGGUGUAAUACAUCAGGCUUAUGACUUGAACUGUCCUAUGUUUACAACUGAGGUUCAGGGAGAAGUUACAGAGUCCCAGUCAUAUUUCAAGGUGGACAAUGCACAAAUCAUAUUGGAAACUGUAAAAAUGUGUGAAGAUCAAACUAAGGACAAGACUGUUGUAUUGAGAUUGUAUGAGUCCCAUGGUGGAAAAGGGAAAACAGUACUCACAUCUUCACUACCAGCCAAAACAGCUCACAGAUGUAAUGCUUUGGAAGAAAUUAUAGAAGAAACAAAUAAAUCAGUGGCAGGGAUAGAAGGGAACAUUCAUCUGACAUUCCAACCAUUUGAAAUCAUAAGCAUAAUGGUAGAGUUCAAUCUUUGAGUUCAGCUUGUUUUUGACUGUCUUGAUAUUUUUGUAGUCUUACUGGGAUUAGUUGCUUAGGCCACACUAAAUUAAUUUCUAGUUCUUCAGACUCUUUCCUUUGAAAAAGGGUAGUGAGAGAGCGAAAUCUUUUCAUUUGUUUUUUUCUGAAAUUUGAUUUUUGGCAGGCUAAAGAAUUUUUUACUAGCGAGCAAUAUUAUUUUUGAUAUAUUUUUGAAAAAAAUUAUAUGAAAAGAAUUUUAAGCAAGUGGGCGAUUAGAAAUUUACAUAGUUUCGGUGCUUGAUAUUUUAUAUAUCUCAUAUCCUAGUUCUUAUAUUAACCUACUUUAGUUCUCUAUUUGUUCUCUAACAUCCAGUUUAAUCUUUUCAAAACAUUUCCAAGUUCCAGGUAUAUAUACAUGAAUAUAUGCAUGUGGACAUUGCUCUGUGUUGAAGGCCAUACCAUGAACUCAACAAAUUUGGUCUCUGGUUGAAGGUUGUCUCAUUGACAAUCAUACAAAUUCUUAUUUUUAGAAGAUUUUGUGAAAUGUAAAGGCGGAUUAUAAUGUGUUAAAUUCAAUUACCACAUAAACAUUCUUGUCAAAUUCUAUGCUUUUAACUAGCUAUAAAAUCAGGUUCAAUCCACCAUUUUCUACAUAAGAAAAUGCCUGUACCAAGUCAGGAAUAUGACAGUUAUUAUCCAUUCGUUUGAUGUGUUUGAGCAUUUGAUUAGGGACUUUCCUUUUUGAAUUUUCCUCGGAGUUCAGUAUUUUUGUGAUUUUACUUUUUUCUAGUAUACAUAAUUGUUUAGGGGUCAGCUGAAGCCAGCCUCUGGGUGCUGGAUUUUCCCUUAGUGUUGAAGACCCAUUGGUGGCCUUGGGCUGUUUUCUGCUCUUUGUUCAGGUUGUUGUCUCUUUGACACUUUCCUCUUUCUUUUAAUAUAACUUUGUAAUGAUACUAGCAAAUAUAAAUAAAUUUUCUAAAUUUUUAAGUAAAAACCUUUAUUCCAAAAAAAAUAAUCAAUAUAAUAGUUUCAAUUGAGGUGCCAUUUCAAAUUCAUGUACCCUCAGUUUUGGGAUUCUCUUUUAUUCUUAUGCAUGUUAUAUUGUCACAAUUUAAAUCUUUCAAUACGGUGACAUCGUUGCUUUGUUGUUUGAUCUUGAUAGGUAUACAGUGAAUCAUUCAAGGAUAUUACUACACCAAGCGUGAGUCAAGUAAUUCACUUAGUGGGACACCCCUUACAAUAUCACUGAAAGUUUUAGCUGGUUCUUCUGCUGUUUGAAUCUUGGUGCAAAUAUCAAGUGGUAAUAGGUUCCAAUCUUUAAUUGUAUUUGUAUGAAGCAGAAUUUUAAUGUGUCUGUUUUUGUUUGCAGUCUCAGGAAAUGUUGGCCAUAUAAAUGGAUGUUUUUGGUUGUCCUAGAUGUUUUUUUCUCAGUUGAGUUGAUCAGAUCAUCAUUAACAGAUGAUAAGUUGGCUUGACCGUGUAUGCCUUUGUAGGAGAGGAUAAAUCUGUUUUGGGUUCGAUGAUCUUUUAGGGAUGGUAGUUGCAGCUGGUCAUUAAAUAGCUGUCAUAUUUCCUGGGUCGUAAUAAUUUGUAGUUUGAUGUUUUUGCACAGAGCACUUCCAACAAAUUGGUAAAAGAAUUGCCCAAAUCAUAUUCUACUGAUGUGUUUGCCUGCAUUACCACUGUAAUUACAAAUAUUCCACUCAUGUCUUACGUUAGGAAUGAUUAUCAUACUAAAUUUGGCAGAUGAAAUUGUAACAACAACGUUGUGAAUGUUAGAUCUAGAUUGUUUUUAAUGUCAAUUUCUAUGUCUGCAUGGCGUUACUUUCAAACGCACAACUGAUCAAAAUUUUUGUUUCAUAAAUUUAGAGAUGGACGCGCGAGGCUCUGUACUGGACGUCGGAUUUUUAAAAAAGUACUUUUUUCUGGUUGACCUUUCACAAGUCCUGGGAAAUCAGACGAACAAGGUAUUAAUGUGGCGUGGCCUUAGGUAAACAAAUGAGAAAGAUAUUAUAUUAGUGUUAUGAUUUUAGCAAUCUUUGGAGGUAGUUUUGUUUAUAUGUAUUGUACAUGGCAACAUGCCUGUGUUUAAAAUCAAUAACAGUUGCAUACAAAUUGCUGUUUGAUAAUUUUAUUUUUCAUAAAUUUUGCAAGUUCUAAAUAAUUUCACUUUUAAAAGUUGAUUAAAUUCUAAAAUGAGCCUGCUUCUAAUAUCAGGUAUAAACAUGUUUUUUUUGUAGUUUAACUUCAAAAUGAAAAAGAAGUGAGGACACAUUGCUUCAAACAAUUGCAUUAUAUUAUGUAUUUAUUACUUGAAAAUGUUUUGACAUUCUGAAUGCUGUAAUCAAGAUAAGUACAAAGAUAUUUUUUUCCUUGAUAUACUAAAUUUGGAUAUUCCAUGUUACCCUUGCAGUUAUUGGUUUUUAUAGAUAUUUUUUUCCUUGAUGUAGUUAAUUAGGAGACUUCCAGUUGAUGUCAGAUAAGAAUGGUUUCUAUAGAGAUCUGUUUCCUUGAUGUACUAAAUAAAUACUUCAAGGUUAGAGAAUUUUUUGUAGAAGUACAAAUUCAUAUACUUCAAGUUGACCUCACAGUAAAUAAUGGUUUCUACAGAUUGUGUACUUAGAAAUAAAUGUUUAUAAACUUUUAAAUUAAUAGAACAUUAUUUUAUGAGUUUGAUUUUGAUUCUGAUUUUUACUUCAAUACUUAUUGGUUGAUUAAAAAAAUAAAUUUAAACAUUUAUUUCAAUGUACAAAAUCCAUAGAAACAUUAUUAAUUGUGUAUUCAAAUUGAGGUACCUGAAUUCAUCAAGGAAAAAAAUACCUUGUAUUUACUCUGAUGACUGGGUUGAGAAUUCCAAAACAUGUGGAUGUAAUAAAUUGAUAAUACCUGCAA